AUGCACAGUCCAUUCAAAUUCAAAACUGACCAAGACGACCGAAAAGAAGACAAGAUGGGAAGUUCUCAAAGCUCAACGUUCACAACGGAAAUGAAUUUCGGUGGAACAAUUGUGCCCAAGAGGAAUCCGAAUUAUGAAGAAGCCGCUGUGAAACUGAAGAAAGGCUUCUCCAAAACGAUUGGAAUUCACGAAGAGCCGAUCAUUGAGAAUCGAAAAAUCAAGCGAAACGAUUUGCGAAAAGGCUUGAAAGCCCUCUGCCGAACGCGAAAAAAUCAUGCUGCCCACAAACUGAGGGCCGCAAUUAAGGGAGCCGGGACAGAUGAAACGACGCUGAUUGAGAUUAUUUGCUCGCAAAGCAACAAAGGAAUCACUGAAAUCAAGGAAGAGUACAAAAAGGAGUUCGGCCGGGACCUCGAAAAGGAUGUCAAGGGCGAUACCAGCGGUGAUUUCGAAAAAUUCAUGGUCUGCUUGCUCCAGGGUACCCGAGAAGAAAACCAGCCACUUGACCGAGCCGCUGCUGAGCGAGAUGCUGAUUUGCUUAUCAAAGCUGGUCCCAAGAAAUGGGGAACUGAUGAAGAAACCUUUUCGAUGAUCUUCGCUAGACGAUCUUUUGUGCAAUUGAGGGAAAUUAUCCUGAUCUUUGAAAAGAAGACGGGAACUCUGAUGGAAAAGAUGAUCGAGAGCGAAACUAGUAAGGAGCUCUGCAGCGCGUAUAAAACUGUCGUCAAACUUGCCAAAAAUCCUGGAAACUAUUUCGCUAGCCGAAUUUAUAAAGGCAUGAAAGGAGCUGGAACCGACGAAGACACAGUCAUUUGGAACUUGGUUUUCACUGCUGAAAUCUGCCUCGAAAAUGUGAAGACCGAAUUCAAAAAGCUCGGCAGUGGAAAACGAACUCUAGAAGACGCAAUCAAGUCUGAAUUCAGAGGAGACGCAGAGAAACUUCUGCUUGCUGUAUGCAAGGGCAACCGAAACUGA